GACAGGGAGGGUAACCAACAGGCAAGCGUCAGACGGAGCCAGUGAGAAUUAGAGAGAACACCAGGCUGCAGAACAGUGUGUGUGUCAGCUCGUGUGUGUGUGUGUGUGUGUGUGUGCGUGUGUGAGAGGGGAGGGAAACGACGGAAGACAGUCGGAGCGAUAGAGCGAUAGAGUAAUAGAGUAACAGAGCCAUAGCGAUAAGUAGAAAGAUGGAGGUGCAGUCGGAAUGCCUGGAACCUCCUCCACCUCCCCCCCCUGUACCCCCGUGCGACCCCCAGCCGCCAGGGAAGAUCAACAAAGCAGCCUUCAAGCUGUUUGGGAAACGACGCUCCGGCUCGGGAAUGGCCAGAUUCUUCUCCUUCAGGAACAAAGGGGCCAAUGGGAACGGGAAUGCCGAGAACGGGAAUGCUGAGAACGGGAAUUCAGUGAACGGGAAUUCAGCGGGAGCGGCUAAUGAGCUCGUCAGGAGUAAAACACAUGACGGACUAACAAGCUUGGACCCUGAGAGACAAAAAGGGGAGGAGUCUGGAAUGUUGGAGGUGGGACAGGUGAGGUCUCUCAGCAAAUCACUCAGUUUUUUUUCACUGCUCAGACGAGGAAGUAUGAGAGCCAAUGAUACUUCAGGUCUUGGGAGAAGGGGGAGGGGUUUGAAAGGCUUCUUCAGUAGUAUGAGGUGGCGGCGGAAGGAGAGAGUGACGGAGGGAGAGGUGAAGGUGAUAGAGGGGAAGGAGGUGAGAGAGGGGAAGGAGGUGAGAGAGGGAGAGAUUCCAACUGAGGAAUUGAAAGAUGUCACUCUGGCGCUCAAACCCCAGAUGUGCCAGCCCCAGGAGGAUACCAGGGGCAUGGAGGCAGAACCAAACACUAGACUGUCAGAGGGCUAUCCCACAAACAUCGCCACCACAACACUCACACACUCUACCGGCCCGUCGACAAACCUGUCGGAGACGCUCUACACACCCUCCCCCUCCCCUCUACGCAGCGCCAGGCACUCAAAACCAACCGCGCCGGCUCCGUCGGCAACGCCCCCUUUGGACCAGGGCGGCGACCCUCCCUCCGAACCGUCGGCGGACCGACUCUGCUCCCUCCUCUUCAGCGACGUCACCUCCCUCAAGAGUUUUGAUUCGCUCACAGGGUGUGGUGACAUCAUUGCGGACGCAGAGGAGGAGGGGACUGGAACUGGUGGAGGAGGUGACGGAGGGGCAGGGAGUGCCACCAGCAGUAGCAGCAGUAGUGGCGGAGGUGUGGGGGGGAGACAGGGAGGACUAGUUGUACGAACCUCCCCAACUAGGUCUUCCGUUCCAGUCACCCCUUCCAGCGUCGCCCAAACCCCCGCCUCGGCCCCUGUCCCCCUCCCGGCCAGGGCCCGGCUGAUGGCCUCGCACCCUGCCCCUACCCAGCAGCCCUCCGGGAGCGGUGUGGUUGCCUACAUGGGGGGUGGGGAGGAGAUGGCGAGCCCAGACGGGGUGGACGACGCGGACAUGCAAGGACUCUGGCACAUGCUCCCCUCUGGGGGUGAGAACUCCCCCGCGCUCCCCCGGCCCUGCCCUCACCCCUCUCACCCGGCGCCCGUCAGGGGCACAGAGCGCCGGCCCCCUCAGGUCAAGUCUCUGGGGCUCAGCAAGAUCCCCGUGGUGGGGGGAGGUAGAGGGAGCAGACUUCCGGCACAUGGCGCACGUCAAACCGCGUCGCCCAAUGAGAAGGAGACCAUGGAGGAAAUCCCGCCUCAGCAGGACGUUCCGGCCCUUAGUGACGAAGGCUAUUGGGACACCCCCUCGGCGACCCCCACAGCCACUCCUGACGACGGGCUCCUACGGAACAAGAGGAUUGGCCUGAUGAGUGACAGCUGCUCUGGAGAUGCGCUCUACGAUCUCUACAAUGAGGAACUGGACAAGUCGGAUGAAGAGGAAGACGAUGAUGAAGAUCUGACGAGUACUCCUUCCGCCUCUGCUGGUGACUACAAACUCAGCCCUCCCUCCCAAUGUACUCCUCCUUCCUCUUCCUCCUCUUCAUCCUUCCGCUCCAUGAAAGGAAGCACUAGCCUUCCACGCGAGUCCAAAAUCCCUCUCAGUGUCAGACAGACCACACCCCCUCACUCUGUGAGCCAAUCAGCUCUUUCCUCAGCUCUAAUGGCCAGCCCUCCAUCUGACAAACCCAGCGAAGGCCCUCGCACAGCCCGAACCAGGAUCCCUGUAUCCAAGGUACCAGUUCGUCGCCCUGGGAACAAGCCAGGCAAAGAUACACGAGGGCCUGCUUCCAAGAAGUAAAUCUGGUCCAGACAGACGUGGACAUUUGGUCAAAAAUGGACUGUUGUGUUUGACAUCUCUGGACUUGUAUGUAUGAUAUCACCAGACAUUUGUGUGAUAUCACUGGACUUGUGGUCAGCACCACUGGACUAGUGUAUUGUGAAAGACCAGGUAGCCAAUAGAAGGAGAGUGAUAAGAGCCCCAUACUACAAUCCCAUUGGAAAAUUGAAGUAUUUUGGUAGCAAGAAAAAGUUGAAUAAAGCUACCUACCAGUAACCAAAUGGUUGCUAGAUCGAAUCCCUGAGUCGGCAAGUGAAAAAUCUGUGUUUUUGGCCCUGAGUAGGGCAGUCAAGCCAAAUUCUUCCCAGAUUGUUCUGCAAAUGUCUUCAGUCAGUGUACCAUCUGGCAAAAUCAAAGUUAGAAACAGAAAGCCGUAACUGCAGCAUCGCUGUGUUUCUGUGUAUAGGACAAUCAACCUCCAAGGGCUGUAAGAUGUUAAGGGGGGGCCAUCUGAAAGUUUUGGAUCUCAAUGCUUUUGGAUGUCAACACAGAAUUCACCCAGCCCGCACACCACUAGGUCAGAUCAGCUUUGCCUUGUCUUUUCAAGUCGUUUUUCUAAAAUCCACAUUUUGAUACGAAGUGUUUAUUCUAAUGACAAGCUAAUCUAAUCAUCCGGAGCCCUUCAUCCAGAGCUCUUCGAGUAGUGGAGACACACAUGCUGUCUGUUUUAGCUACAGGUAGUCUGGGAAAUCAAAGUCACUGUCCUGGCAUUGCCAGCAGCAUCUGAGAGGAGCCGACAUCUUCCAGAAUCUCAUGAGGUUUAGUGUUGACUCUACUUCUCCCAUUGCCAGGUGCGUGCAGUGAUUAACAUUGCUAGAACCAAUCAGAAGGCGUGUAUGAGUGUCCAAUAACGUACAUGGAGAUCAUACAACGUAACCAAAAUAAUAUUUUACAAAACAACACACACACCACUCUCCUGGCGACUGGAUGGAAUUCGUUACUCAAACCUGAACUACAACAGAAAAGUAUUGGACACGGCUGAGCUGGGGACACCGCAGCAGGUUACAGCUAUCUGGGUUCUCAACAACGACAAAGCAAGCAUUGGGAAACUUUAAAAACCACCGCAAUAAUGAAACACCAGGCAGGGACAUUUCUCCAUGGACCAAACCCAGACCACUGACCGCUCUUCUCCACUGACCAAACACAGACCACUGACCGCUCUUCUCCACAGACCAAUCACAGACCACUGACCACUCUUCUCCACAGACCAAACACAGACCGCGGUCUGCUCUUCUCCACGGAUAAACACAGAUCACUCACCAUUGUUCUCCAUGGACUAAACAAAGACCACACUGACCGCUCUUCUCCACUGACCAAACAAAGACCACUGACCGCUCUUCUCCACUGACCAAACAAAGACCACUGACUGCUCUACUCUUGCUGGAUUUGGUGCCGGGAACAUUAGGCAUCAGGAUCAGGGAACACUAUCUACACACAGGCACAUACACACACAUUGUGAAGGACCCUUUCUUACCAACCCUGGAUAACAAACAAUACUUCUUUCUACUGAGUGUGUUACUCUUCACUGGUUUUCAUACUCUUUUUAUAGUAUAGCGCGUUUCAUGAGACAAACCAACCUUGACUGUGAACACCCAAGCUUCUCAGUGGACCUUUGUUUUUGUUUGAUUUCUAUAAAAGGGGGAAUGGGUGCCAGAAGCCCCCCACCCCCCCCCCUACCCCACCCCACUCCGCUCCACCUAAUCCUAUUCAGGAGUACACCUCACCCUUAUCUGAUUCAGGAGUAAACCGAACCCCUCCCCAAAUCAUGGACAUGCACUCUUCUUCUCUUGCCUUUCUGGUGAUCACUGUAAUCAUCUAAAUCACAGAGAGUUACAGGCUUGUUGACAAUGUCACCUAAUGUAGCAUGACAUGGCUCCUACGCCUGUUUGUCACUGACCUUUCCCAAGGGAUCUUUCCAUUCACUUUAUCUACUAACCUGAGGUGGUGAAAACUA